AUGGGCAGCCCUUCCCCAAGGACAAACGAGGGUCUGGCGAUAGUCACGGGAGCUGGAUGGCUUACUUUCUUCCAGCUCCGCUCCUUGGAGUGCUCGUGCCUGUACGUCUGCCGCGAGUCUAGGCGUCAGGUGGCCCGUAGGGUAAGGGUGACGGACGGGACUCCCCGCACCCUGUGGCGCGUCGACAGAAGAAGAUUCUCCGCCGAAACGGCCGGCAGCGGGGGUCACUCCGGCGCUCAAGGUGACGGCGCCAGAGGCGGCAGCGGGGCGGGGCCCAGCAAGCGGGCGGCGGCGGCGGCUUCCGGAGCAGGCGGGAGCGGCUGUGUCGGCAGCAGAACCACCGGCGGCGGUGGCGGCGCGCAGCACAAGUUUUCGUGGCACGGCAGGAGUAGCAGCAGCGGAGGCGCAGCAACCAGGGUUGUUGUCGCUCCUCCUGGGUCUACCGCCGCUAGCAGUAUUCGGGGCCCUGCCACAGGUACAGCUGCGCCCCCUGCUGCUGCAGCUUCUACGCUCCCUGCCACGCCCACCCCGGCCAGGGCUACCACAAGAGUGCCUCUCGUCAGGGCCGUCGGCAUCAUCUGGCAGCUACCGGCGCUGGAGCUGCUCGAAGCGGGCUUCGGUUGGCCGCGCGGGGUGAAAGAGCUGCACUUCGGGGCAAAGUUCGACGAGAAGGUGAACGCGGUGGAGUUCCCGGAGACCCUGGAGGCGUUGACCUUCGGCUACUGGUUCAACGAGUCCCUGGGGCCCGGGCGCGUCCGGUGGCCGCCCGCGCUCAAGCGGCUCAAGUUCGGGGCCACGUGGAACCGGAACCUGGUGGGGGCUAAGGACACCUGGCCACCGUCCCUCGAGGUCGUCCGCUUCGGCACGAGCUUCGACAAGCCCUUGAGGGGAGGAGGUGGCAUCGGGCUGCCGCCACGCCUGCGGGAGGUCCACCUGGGGGGCGUGUUCAACCAGCCGCUGGACGGGGUGGAGUGGCCGGCGUCCCUCGAGAAGCUCACGCUCUCGGAGUACUUCAACCAGUCCCUGGGGUACGGGGACGGGAACGGGGUCGUGUUUCCGAAAGGCCUGAGGGAGGUCGUUUUCGGCGGGAGGUUCAAUCAGGCGAUAGGCGACGUGGUUUGGCCGGAGAGGCUGCGGACGCUGACGUUCGGGGACAAGUUCAACCAGGAGCUCGUUCUCGGCGACGGCUACAACCACCCGCUGGCCGGCGGCGAGCUGCCGGACGGCCUCGAGAAGCUUGUGAUCGGUCAAUCCUUCUCCUUCGUGUCGUCCGUGCGCUGGCCGGCGGAGCUCCGGCGCCUCGAGUUGUCCUGCAGGUGGGGUGAUGCGCUAUUCGCGGGUUCUUUGGGGGGCGGGGGGAGCCGCCGCCAGCGGCGGCCUUCUUGCUGCUUGUCGUUGCCGAAGAGGCUCGAGUACCUGGACGCCGGCGACGGCUUCAACUCUGCGCUGGACACGGUCUCCCUGCCGGCGAGCCUGAGGGUAUUGAUCCUCGGGUCCGCGUUCAACUACCCCCUCGACCACGCCAACAGCAGCAGCAGCAGCAACAACAACAACAACAACAACAACCCCCAAGAGGAAGAAAACCAAGCACAACAGGGACAACAACAACAACAACAACAACAAGGGCGAGGAGGAGGGAGCAGCAGUCACCGACAGCAACAGCAGCAGCCGCAGCCGCAGCCGCAGCCGUCCGACUUGGACGCCGCCCCCGUCCCACCGCCCCUCCUCCCCGGCGGCCUAGAAGAGCUGCGGCUCGGCGCGGCGUUCAACCGCGAGCUCGAAGCCGCCCGCCUACCGGAGCGGCUGAAGCGCCUCGUCUUCGUUGCGGAGUCGAAGUUCGACCGCCCCGUGGCGGGCGUGAGGUGGCCCCCGGGCCUGGAAGAGCUCCGGUUCGGGAACUGCUUCGACCAGCCGAUGGAGAGCGGCAUCGGCGACUUCGACGGCUUGGGCAGCGGCGGCGGCGGCGACUCCGCUCUGAUGCUGCCGGCGACGCUGAGGGAGCUGCACUUCGGCUGGGCCUUCUCGCACUCGCUGCAGGGGCUGGCGCUGCCGCGCGGCCUGAGGCGGCUCUCCUUCUUCGCGCGGUACCCGGUGUCCCACGUGCGGGGGCUGGAGUGGCCGCCCUCCCUGCGGAGCAUCCACGUUGGCUCGUUCCGGUUCGGGAGUCGCAAAGACGUGGCCAAGUGGGCCGCGCAACCCCCGUUUUGA